AAGUUUGCAAGACAUAAAGCAACGGUAGCGAGUUUUGAGCUUAUGAGUAUUUGCUGGCGAUUGUUGGGUUUUGGUGUAUGUGGUACAACAAACAGCCACUGUCUAACAACGCGCAUUAAAUUAUAUACAAUACUGAAAUAAAAUGGUACUGCAGGCAGGUGUGAUGGAGGCUGAAAUGAUCAAUGCUACAGAAAGUGGCAUUGAUACCGAAGAGGGUGAGUUUGUAGCUGGCAGCCCUCUAGCCCUGGAUGAGAGUGACCCAGACUGGUGCAAAACGGCAUCUGGGCACAUCAAGCGACCCAUGAAUGCCUUCAUGGUGUGGUCCAAGAUCGAACGGCGAAAGAUCAUGGAACAGUCUCCUGAUAUGCAUAACGCAGAAAUAUCCAAGAGGCUGGGUAAGCGCUGGAAAAUGCUCAAGGACAGUGAAAAGAUCCCAUUCAUCAGGGAAGCUGAACGGUUACGGCUCAAACACAUGGCCGAUUAUCCCGACUACAAGUACAGACCUAAGAAAAAACCUAAGAUUGAUGCAGCGCUUAAACAAGGCAGCGCUCAGCUGAGCCCGGACAAAUCCAGCAGUGGUGGCUGCGUUGGCACCGGCGGAAAAAGUGGGAAGAAUCCCAGUAAAAAGUGCAACAAACUGAAAAGCGCCAUCAGAGUAGGUUGCAGUGCAAGUAAGGCUGGACACGAUUACACCGAUGAGGUACUUUUCGGUAGCAUGAAAAUGAAUCGAGCUGUUAUAAAGCAAGAGUGCACCGACGACGAAGAGGAGGAGGAUGACUACGACGAGCUGCAAGAACGGAUCAAGCAGGAGGACGAAGACGAAGAAGAGGAGGAACGGCGGCGACUCCAGUUGCAGUUGCAGAAAAUAAGGCGCUACUCUGUUGCAAAAGUGCCGGCAAGUCCUACACUCAGCUCCUCAGCCGAGUCAACUGAGGGAGCCAGCAUGUAUGAGGAGGCGAGGGGAGCUACAGCUAACAGACUGUAUUACAAUUUCAAAAACAUCACCAAACAGAGUGCAACAUACUCUGCAGUUUCAUCUCGGUCUGUCUCUACCUCAUCAUCCUCCUCCUCCUCUUCUUCCUCCUCUGCAGAAGACGCGGACGACUUGUUGUUCGACUUCAGCCUGAAUUUUUUGCAGAAUCCGCAAACCUGCACCGAGGUGGGCAACAGUGGUGGAAGCUCGGGCAAUCUGGCAUUGUCACUAGUAGACAAGGAUCUGGACUCUGUCAGCGAGGGUAGCCUGGGCUCCCAUUUCGAAUUCCCCGAUUAUUGCACCCCUGAACUUAGCGAAAUGAUCGCCGGCGACUGGCUGGAGGCCAACUUUUCCGACUUGGUGUUCACUUACUGACAUUUUUUUUCUGAAGGAUAAUUUAGACCGAGCAUCGCUCCUGUUGCAAGAACUUGCUAGGCGAAACCUGGUUGUUUCUCGUCCUGGUCAACCCUGUGUGGGUGCAUUCACUGGAAAGUAAAGGGCGCGCAACGAGACUGGGAAUUUACGGAAAGUACAUAAAUAGAAAAUUAUAUAUAAAUAUAUAUGAACAAGAACGAUGACGGAAGGAAGGCUGCCUUUAAAACAUAUGGUGCUUGUAGGUGGAAAAGUCUGAAAACUGCGUAUCAGGUCUCUUGUCUGCUGGCAUUACAACAGCUUCUCGAGCAGGAUUUUUUAUUAUUGUUGGAUUGUUUGUCUUUUCAUACGAUCUUAUUUCAAUGGACUGUAAAUUAAAAAAAAAGCGGGACCAUGUUUAAACUUGGAGGGAGAACUUAUGUGAUCUCUUCUAUGCAUCGGACUUUUCUUUUAAGCUGCAGGGAACUUAGUAUAUCAUCCAGUGAACUGGGUAUGACUUUAACCCAACAAGGCACGGAAUAAUGUACUUUUGAGAUCAAAUGUAUGAUUUUUUUUCAUAAUGUGAUUUUUAAUUGCCAAUGUUUUGUAACAUGUUCCCUUAUACCUCCAUGACUGAAUAUCAGGCAGCCUAAACCUCAGUACGUAAAGGUAUGAACACUUUUUGAUACAUAGCCGACCUCAGUCUUCUUUUUUAAGAAUAAGAAAAAAAAAAUAUUUUCAGGCGUAUUUUUGUACACUGAAAAGGGAAAAUUCUUACUGUGGUUCUUUCCCUCCAGUAAGACUUCCAGGCACUUCUUCCCUUUUUAUUUGUUUUAGCAUGCAAGUUACCUAUAUGGUUAUAGAAUUACAGUUUAAAACUCCUUGCAUCUAAAAAAGCCUUGUGAUUUUAAAAUACGUUUUGUACAGCUGUAGUUCAACUUGUUGAAUAUCUAUAGGUAAAGAUUUACUAAAAAUCGUGCUAUAGACCUCAGAGCUGUUAUCUUAGUUUAAAGAAUGUACAUGUAUUGUAUUAUAGUAGAAAAUGUGUGUAACAUAUCUGUUAAGAUUGGCCCAAAUGGAAAGUGAACUGGAUCCUAGACUUGGGAAAGAGGCACACAGCUAACAUUUCCUUUGUGCAAUAUAGACUACAAAAUGCAAGCCAGAUGCAUGUUUUGUAGCAAAGGAUAACUGUCAUGCUUGGCCCUUUUGAUGAUGAAGUCUUACAGUUUUAGUAAAUCAGCUGGGUCAUACGGCAGUCUGUGAAAUGUAAUAAAAUGGACACAGUGUGAUAGGGUCUGCAGCUUUGAGGUAUUCACACAAUUAGAAUCAAAAUAAUGGGGUGCAGGGAUACUAAAAUGUUUGCUUUCUCUGCCCUUAUUCGCUUUCUAGGAUCCAUUGAUCCCCUACAUCCAGAUUUCCUGGGCAUAUUUAUUUAUUUAUUUAGACAUUUAUAUAAAAUGAUUGUGGAAUGCCCUUUCUCCCAUGGAAACACGGUGAUGUUAAGGGUCCUUUCACAUUUAGGAGGGUUCUGUAUGUGAACCUCUUUUUAAUAUGGACUUGUCUUACAGAGUCUGAUUUUUUUUAACUCAAUUGCACUGCGUCUGCUGGGAUUGUGCUGAUAAUGCUGAAUAUUCAACAGAGGGGAAGGACCAGAUGUAAACGCAAUGUCUAGGUAUCCUUCAGGAUGUAAGAAUUGUAGCAAAACAUUUAACAUUUCUUGGACUGCAUAUAUUUACUGCAUCAAAAAAGAGGAUAGUCCAGCUUUACCAAUGUAGAGUAGACCCUGAGUGUUAACAGAUACCUGCAAUCUCAGUAAUUAUCUCUGGUGACUGCCUUAUUUAUGGAACCACAAUGGUUGAGGUAAAUUGCCUGUCCUUUCUGAAAAGUAGCAUUCAUUUACUACUGACAGCCUAUAUUUGCCUUAUGAGGCACACAAAUGAUUUGGUCAUUGGAGUGGGUUACACUCAAUGUGCUUUAUUCCGAGCUAGGCACACUGGGACCUUAGAAGUGGUUCUGCUGUCAUUACUGGAAAGUGUAUUUAGAAAUGGUUUUGAUCUUGGAAAGUUGUGUGUAACUCUUUUAUUUUAUCAUGAUAGUAAACAAAGCACAAGCUGGACUAAAAAUGAGCUCUGUCAAAGGCUUUCCAUGCAUCCCUGUACAGAUUUAUGUUAUUUGUAGAUAACCUACUUCCAGAGAGGUUUCAAUAAAAUCUGGAUACGUGACUGUAGAACUAUCUUGUUUUCUUCAGCAUAUUAGUCUUAAUAGCAUUUGGUGCUAUGAAUCCUCUUUUUUAAGUCUGUUUAUUAAAUAUAUAUAUUGAUAGAAUUACUUUUCUGCUGUCCCUUUUGCCAUCUGUUAUGUUCCUUAACUAUAUUUUAUAACUUGUCCUUGAAUUAAUGUUGCUGGUUUUUAAACAUUUGAAGGCAGCUUCUUGCUGUGCUGACAAACCUUUAAUACAAGAUGCUCAGGGUUCCCCCUAAAGAAUUUUAUUUCUAGUCCCCCUCCUUCACAAACCCUUUAGAAUGACUACAGCGUUCAUGGAACACACACUUUUUUAUUUGCAAUUUUGUGAUCCUGUUUAUGAAGCUGAACAUGGAAAAAAUCAUCUGUGUUUAUCAAACUUUGAUAAUGGCACCCAAUAAACACUAUUUGAUAACA